AAACAAUAACUACGAACUGCCAAAAAUUUUACGACUUUUAACUAUAACUUCAUUUUUUUGCAAUUCCGCAUAUAAUGAUUUGUGCCAUAUUACUGCCAUUGUCGAUUUUGUAGCAUUUUUGUUUCGGGUUAUUAGCAUACCAUUUAAUUUUAUAGUGGCGUAAUAAUUAUACUUACAUAAAUUAUGUUUUGUGCGUUAGUGAUUGCACUAACGAGUUUGAAUUUUACGUGUUAUUUCCCUGGUAUUUUUGUCCUAAUGUUUUUUUGCAAAUCGAGACAGCCAUGCUGAUGUUUUGGUGGAACAGAUUCUUUUUUUAGCCAAACAAACAACCUUAUCUGCCCUUGGCGUUAUAAUACAGUAUAUUCUAAAAGAAUCCCAGAGAAACUAAUUAAUUUUAUACUGAGCGGUUAUAAUAUUUUACCCCAUUAAAGUAGAGCAUUGGUGUAACUGUCCUUGUUCUUAUUUUUUCCUCGAAAAUCCACUUUAUUAUACGCAUGUAAUCCGACGAUUUAUCAUCUAUGGAUUGGGCAAAAAAGGCGUUUUCCACGUAGCCAGUUAAUGAAGUGGUAAUAAAUCCAUUACCGAAUCCUUCAAAAUGACUAAUGGGUGGCAUUGUUGUUCUGGCAGAACGUGUGUGCGCCAAUGUAAGGAGCUCGGAAUGUGCGCGAAUACCGCGGCUCUCCUGUUAUUAAGAGUAAGAGUAACACCUGGAACCAUCGCAAAAUAAUAACACACAGUCAGUGAUGAUGAUGGUCGUAAUAAAGCUGCAGCAGGGCUGCGAGGCCAGGCUUUUGAGAAAGCCUUUAUCCAGCCAGGCUGAGUCCAAAGUUCACGUAAAGUUUGGCAGAUAAGUGAAGCCAAUAAAAACGGCCGAGCCGAGCUUCGUGUGUAAACACCGUCUACCUGCCCGCUUUCCCACCAUUUGCAUGUCAGCCAGCCCACUUGUUACUGUUUUAUAUCGGCUGCCCUCCUCCCUCCAGCAUCAUGGCACACGAGCGCGCCCUGUCCCGCAGGAAGGCGGCCCGCUCCCCGCUCCCGCAGGCAGGUGCCCUCAACUCCGGAGGGCGCUGAGCACCGAACCCGCGCCGAACCGAACCGCGGCCACCACAAGCGUCGUCCGCGGCUUUGCUUUCGUUUUUUUUUCCCCCCACGCCACGUCCACCGCCACUCUCUCUCCGUUCUCCUCCUCCUCCUCCUCCUCCUCGCCCUUCCUUCCUCGUCUCGCACCGGUUCAAGGCUGCCCGUCGUCGGACGCCGGCGUCUCAGAAGGUACUCGCCGAAUGUUCGCGAAGAUGGUGUCGAAGCUCACACCUCUGCAGCAGGAGCUGCUGAGCGCGCUGCUCGACUCCGGAGUGACCAAAGACGUGCUCGUCCAGGCGCUCGACGACAUGGAGCCGUCGCCCGCCGCCGCCUUCGGAGUAAAGCUCGAGAACCUGCAGAUGUCCCCGCCGAGCUCGAAAGCGAACAACGGCGGCGGCGGCGAGUCGGAUUCCAAGCCGCCGCCGGUCUUCCACACGCUCACCAACGGCCACGGCAAGGGCAGCAAGCUGUCCGGCGACGAGGGCUCCGAGGACGGCGACGACUUCGACACGCCGCCGAUCCUCAAGGAGCUCCAGGCCCUGAACACGGAGGAGGCGGCGGAGCAGAGGGCGGAGGUGGAGCGGAUGCUGUCCGAGGACCCGUGGCGCGCCGCGCGCAUGAUCAAAGGCUACAUGCAGCAGCACAACAUCCCGCAGCGCGAGGUGGUGGACGUCACCGGGCUCAACCAGUCGCACCUGUCGCAGCACCUGAACAAGGGAACGCCCAUGAAGACGCAGAAGCGCGCGGCGCUCUACACCUGGUACGUCCGGAAGCAGCGCGAGAUCCUGCGACAGUUCAACCAGGCAGUGCAAGGUUCUGGCAGCAAUAUGACAGACAAAGGCAAUCAGGAUCAGGUGCUGUUUUUUUUCCCAGAGUUCAAUCAGCCUGGGCAAGGGGUGGGGCCCCAGGGCGACGAGGUAGGCUCUGAACCCUCCUGCAAGAAAAUGCGUCGCAACCGAUUCAAGUGGGGGCCAGCGUCCCAGCAAAUCCUCUACCAGGCCUAUGAGCGGCAGAAGAACCCCAGUAAGGAGGAGAGGGAGACACUAGUGGAGGAGUGCAACAGGGCGGAGUGUCUACAGAGGGGCGUGUCUCCUUCAAAAGCCCAUGGCCUGGGUUCAAACUUGGUCACAGAGGUGCGUGUCUACAACUGGUUCGCCAACCGCCGCAAAGAGGAGGCCUUCCGACAGAAGUUGGCCAUGGAUGCCUACAGUGCCCCCGCCCAUGGUCUGAACCCCCUCCUGUCCCAUAGUUCCCCUCACCAGCCGCAGGCCAGCCCCUCUCCAUCAGGCAAGAUGCAAGGAGUCCGGUACAGCCAGCAGGCGAGCGAGGUCACUUCCUCCUCAUCUAUCAAUCACCAUGGCAACAACGCCAUGGCAACCAGCCAGUCCGUACUGCAGCAGGUGUCACCAGGAGGCCUGGACCCAAGCCACAGCCUGCUGUCACCUGACGCCAAGAUGAUUUCUGCUUCGGGCGGAGGCCUACCACCUGUCAGUACACUGACCAACAUCCACAGCUCUCACCACCCCCACCAGCAGACCCAGAACCUCAUCAUGCCCCUGUCUGGAGUCAUGGCCAUUGCACAGACACUGAACACGUCGCAGGCACAGACAGUGCCAGUCAUCAACAGUGUGGCAGGCAGCCUGGCAGCGCUGCAGCCAGUUCAGUUCCCACAGCAGCUGCACAGCCCCCACCAGCAGGGUCUCAUGCAGCAGUCACCUAGUCACAUGGCCCAGCAGCCCUUCAUGACCGCCGCCUCGCACUCACACAUGUACCCUCAUAAGCAGGAGCCUCCCCAGUACUCGCACCCCUCCCGCUUCCCCUCUGCCAUGGUGGUGACAGACACCAACAGCCUCAGCACCCUGAGCUCCAUGUCCUCCAGCAAACAGUGUCCCCUGCAAGCGUGGUGAGUGCGCACACCGGACCUCCUCGGCACCUAGCAACUGGAGUGCAUUUUUCCACCCUCUCACUGUGGCAACCGCGGCAGCUCCUAAUGACUGGCAACAGCGUGCUGGACGAUGGGUCGGUCAAUAAAUCAAGAGCCGGGGUAGAAAAGUGGGCGUGGCGCUAAUGGAGAAGAGCCGUUUAGAAAAAUGAAGGAAAGAGCGAAGAUGUAAGCAUGUAAGCUGUGAAUAUGUCAUUGUAACAAGCUCAGUGAAGAGGAUCGGUGACUCUUUGUGGACUUCCUCCGUUGCUUCGAUGAACAACAAGGACAGAGAAAUCUGCUUCUUUUGGGCACAGCCUGGGAAAACAGUAUUUCAUUCUUUGCAUAAUGAAUGACAGGAACAAACAGAAUUGCUUGAGCAGAAGGUGCAGUUUUGUUUGCUGCUGUGUGUGUUUAUGCCCAGGGACAUUCAGGACUUGUAAAUGGACAAUGAUUUUGUCAAACCAUCUGAAGUGGGGGGCACAGCCUCAGCUGGUCAUAAUCUCUUCUUAUAUGGCCAUGGACGACUUUUUUGCAAGCCAUUGAAGCUACCGCAGCUCCUCAGUUGGGACCCAUGGGAGCCAAACUACUUGUUGUCCCCCCCCACCCUCAGUAUCAAUGAGAACUGUGACAGUGACUGCUGUAUAUCAUAUGACAAUCAUCAUAAUGUCCCUGUGCCACUGGAGACUUCGCACGUGCCUGAUCUGUUGUAAAGUGUCUUCCAUGACUUUUUUACUGUUAUGAUUUCUACAGUCGAGCUGGUGAUGAUCCAAUAUGUUUGUAGCUGUAAAAGUGUCAUGAGUUUUGACUGUUCUUAAAAUUUCAAAAACGGCAUGAGUAUACGACCUCAGUCCUUCCGAAAAACGACUCGAAGAGGCCUCGGACCAGCCCGUAGGAACAGGAAUAGGAACAGGUCACGAAGAAGGAAGCCAAGUACAUUUAUGCUCGCUUUCUGGUCGACUUCUCCAGUUCCUCAAGGCUACAGGAGAGCUCCACCUUUUGUCCAGAACUAAUAACUUCAGGAGUUUACCUAAUGAGACUGUAUCACAAAUCACAUGAGGUUUCUUCUGUCCAGUCGCCACAUGGGGAGUGUCACAAUGACAGGUUUCCUCGGUCAAAUCACAUUUAGGCAUAUAGUGGAGUGUAGCUUUCAGUUCUUAUUAUAUACUUUCAAUUUGUUGCAGCGUGGAAUGAAUAAGAAUCUAUCUGUGACAACUCCUACAAAGCAAUGAUAGUAGAAGGCUCACUAUGUGUCUCACUCUGCUGAAGGAAUUGGGAGAGGUCCAGUCUCCGCGGCCCAGCGAUGCCCCUCC